AUGCAAACUCUGUUCACCUUGCUUGUCUUGGUAAUAGGGUCUUUAGGCUUGGAAAUCCCCUCUGGCGAGACUAUUGGUUUCGAAUUGGGGAUUGGAACGCUCACAGGUCUAGGAUCCGUGAAGUUUGAGCCUGAUUACUGCUUUCCGACUGUCGGAAAGGCCAGCCAAACCAGCAUCAAUCAUGAAUCCGUGAGCACCAUACGCGAUACCCUAAAUACUGCUACUCUCGCGUCGGUGCCGGCCACCGGAUCGACCAGGACACUAACUCAAACAGUCAUUAAAACUAUCAUCGAAACUGUUCUGACUACGGUUUCCCCCAAGUCUAGCCCUACUAUACCUAGUAUACUUAUCACUGCUUCACUCAGGACAGGCACUGAAGGUGGAAUAGGCAAUGGUACUGUCUCAUUUUCAUUCGGCUCGCCGCCAAUCCCAACGUAUGAUACUACACUAGCUAUCUCAGGGGCUCGAGAAUUAUCGAUACAGCAGGGCUGGUACCCUUUUACCAUAAUGGUGGCUUGUUUCUGCUUUUUAUGGCCCUAA